AUGUGCAACCUCCCCCAGGACGACAAGAAGCAAAUCAAGUUGUCCCUUGUCAAGCACAACCACGAUGACCGUGUCGUGCUGAUGCCCACUGCACGCAACGUGUUGCGCCCAGAACUGGAGCUUGAUGCCAGGCUUGAAGACGACGUGGAGAGCGACUUUGGCUUUCAGAUGCCUGGGCACCCCAGCGGCAAGAGCGUGUCUGCUGCCGAGCUCUCGUUGCUUUUCUCGCCCCUGGACCCCGUCACACGACGCAAUAUUGCUGCAAUGAAAGUCCAGUGGACAGCACCUGCUCAAGCCCCUGCUGCUGGUGCUCCUGCUCAACAUAGUCCUGCUGGUGCUCCUGCUCAUGCUUCACAUGCAUCGGGCACGUGCAACCUCCGCAUACAGUCAGGCGUGACUGCGCUACUAGGUCUGCACGAGCGCCGCAGACUCCUCCUGGCCGCCCCUCUGCUCAACAAGCAGCCUCCGCAGGCCUAA